GACGCUGUUUGGGACGCGGCUGCUGGUUGAGCGACUCACCGGCGGAGUGAAGCGGUUUGUUGGGGUUCUGAGGCCUCUUUGUCACAGUGCCAUGGCUCCAGCUGCCCUCCUCCCGUUUUUAUAUCGUAUCAGGACUCUGAGCUCAGCCACAGCUAAACAUUCCUCCCACAUCUUUCAAAGGACCAGCGCAGAGUUUUAUCACGGACCCAUCUGUGUCCUGUACCACCAGAGGAGCGCGUCUACAGAGGAGGCUUUGAGACACAAUGUGUCGGACCUGACGGUCAGAGAGAGGACAGUGCUCGAGCGGCUGUAUGACGGCCUGGUCAGGGGUCAGAGGUCAUCUCUGGCUGAAUGUAUAACCCUGGUGGAGACGCAGCAUCCUCGGAAGAAGGAGUUGGCCCAGGUGCUACUGCAAAGGGUGCUGUCGUACCGGCAAGAGUGCGAGAGGAUCGCAGGAGGGAAACCAGUGGCCUUCAGAGUGGGUUUGUCUGGUCCUCCCGGUGCUGGGAAAUCCUCCUUUAUCGAGGUGCUGGGGAAACUGCUGACUGGAAAAGGACACAAAGUCUCAGUGUUGGCUGUGGACCCUUCGUCAUGCACUACAGGAGGCUCGCUGAUGGGGGAUAAGACGCGGAUGACGGAGCUCUCGCGAGACAUGAACGCCUUCAUCCGGCCAUCGCCGGCUUCAGGUACGCUCGGUGGGGUAACGAGGACCACCAAUGAAGCGAUAGUCCUGUGUGAGGGAGCAGGUUAUGACAUCGUGCUCGUGGAAACCGUGGGUGUCGGACAGUCUGAGUUUGCUGUGGCUGAUAUGGUGGACCUUUUUGUGUUGCUAAUUCCACCAGCAGGAGGCGACGAGCUACAAGGAAUAAAGAGAGGUAUCAUUGAGAAAGCUGACCUGGUCGUGGUCACGAAGGCAGAUGGUGAUUUGGUCGUUCCGGCACGCAAGAUUCAAGCCGAGUACACGAGUGCGUUGAAGCUGCUCCGAAAGAAAUCCAAAACCUGGACACCUAAGGUGGUCCGGGUGUCCUCUCAAACAGGACAAGGUGUACAUGAGCUCUGGGACAUCAUGCUGCAGUAUCGAGACACCAUGUUGUCUAGCGGUGAGCUGCAAACCCGCAGGCGUGAGCAGCAGAAAGUCUGGCUGUGGAGCCUGAUCCAGGAAAACGCCAUGCGCCAUUUUCAGGAACAUCCAGAGGUGCGGGCGGCGCUGCCCGAGAUGGAGCGCAGGGUGGCACAAGGAGACGUCUCUCCCGGACUGGCAGCCGACCUCCUGCUGAGGGCCUUCAGGACCACACAGUAGUACAAAGCGUAUUUCAUAAAGAAGUGACUUGUGAGGAAUGAACCAUGACGCUGGUUUCAUAGCUUUGGUUUAUGGGUUGGUAUGAUCACUGGGGAGUUUGAGGCUCAUCCAGGUUUUAUACAUCAGAUUGAAGUCAUGAAGCAGGGCUGGACAAAUCAUAAAAGUAAGUGGACGAAGUGUGCUGAUUAGUCCUGCGUUUUGGCCCGGAAACGUAACUGACAAGGCAGGGGGGAAAAAAAAGUGGUAGCUUAAAUAAUGGAAUAACAAAUGGAGAGUUAGUUAGUAGUUGCACUAAUACAGAGACACAUUAAUAUGGAAGUUCCAUAGUGAUUAUCCUUUAAGGUGUUGAUACACGGGGUAACUUUUUGGGCAAUGUUGCCAGCAACGGGCAACCAGGUGAGACACGGGGCAACUAAUUAGGGCAACAGACAAUUGGCAACAACCAAUCAGGUAAGAGCAAAUCUAUUGCCAGGGAGACAGACACCGCAAAGAUGGACACUGAAACAUUUGCAGCUGUCACUAUUGUCUUGGCUUCAGUCUUUAUUUCGCUCAAGUAUGUAUCACUAUUCAGGGCUCGGAAUUCUUUUUUUUUUUUUUUUUUCACCAGCCAGCCGGACUAGUUCCCUUCCAAAGUAACUUGCCAAACAGAAAAUCAACUAGCCAAAAUUUGUUCAUGUAUGAAUUUUACUUCUGUCAAAAAUAACGCAAAAGAGAGUAGUUACCAUUGUUCAUGACUAAUGUGCAUUUAUUUCAAGACCCGAGUAUUUUGAUACUGUUGUUAAAUACAUAAAUGAGAACAACACAGAGCACCAUAAUAUAAUAUCAACAAAUAAUAAUAUAUUGGAAAACUUGGCAACUUGGUGUACGAGUAUUGAAAACAAAUAUACUUACUAUCAUGACUAUAAGUUUUUUUUUUUUUUUUUUUCCGUUUCCGGUUGAGAGUACGUCGUGCGCGUUCUGGCUGCCGCUUCUCACCAGAGCUUUUUUAUUUUAUUUUUAUUUUUCUAUUUUCAUUUUAUUUAUUUAUUUUUUCUGUGUGUUUGUGUAGUUUGAUGUUUGUUUGAGUGUUUUGUCCGCCGGUUGUGGUGUAGCUCCGGACCCAGUUUUGGGCGUCGGUUCCCUCCAGGCCUUGGUUCGCUGUGGGUGAUGCCUGUGCUCCCAGCUGUGGACUGCAGUGAGCUCGUUGCUCAUUUUACAUCGUGGUUGUCCAGCGCUCUGCGCUUUAACGCUUGGCGUGAUGUUCUGAGCGAUGUUGCUCGGUGGUGUCGCGGCGGCUGUGCAGGCGGUUUGGGACACACCAGCGCUUUGCAUGGCGGAGCUUCUCUGCUCGCUUUGUGGAUCCAUGGCAUGGUGUUCGAGCGAUGUUGCUGACGGCGUCACGGCGGCGGUGCUGGAGAUGUGGGAAUCGUUUUCGUGUGCCUUUUGGUGGGACUGUGGCUGCUACACCACGGGAAUUACAUCCUGACCCCUACUUGGUGGACUUUUUACUUUUUAUUAUUUUAAAAAAAAAUUUUUGUCAUUUUUUAUUUAUUCACUUUUUUUCCUUGUCUAUAAUUGUAAAGCGUCCUUGGGUUUCUUGAAAGGCGCUAUAUAAAUUUAACUUAUUAUUAUUACUAUUAUUAUUAUUAUUAUAGCACCCAAAAUAUGUCCAGCAUGCUUUCUGUAUUUAACCAUUUAUGAGAGAGAAAGCAUUAGGAGCUUCAUAUUGACGAGGAAUCAACUUGAAAAAAAUUUAUUAUUCCAUAAAAAUCGUAUCGCAGCCAAGGCCUACCCUGCUCCCACGUUUGCUUAUAAGUCCUUUGUCGUUUCUCCUCUUCAGACCGAGGUCGCUUUGUCCCCAUCUCUGGCGGUUUCUGUACACCUUUCAGAAAAUUCCACAACGCAACGUAGCUUUGGCAGAUGUAGAUGUAAACAACAACAAAAACACGUGUUUAAAUGGGCGAUAAUGUGGCCACAUCUACUGAAUUUGAUAACGUGACGUGGCAGCGGGGGCGUGGCCAAGUGUCGGUCUGUGAAUGGAGGGCAGAGUCAGGGAAGGUAAGUGGUGGAAUCAUUGCACCUGAUGGGGAUUAACCUGUGUUUGCGUAUCUUCCCCAGUGACCGCGCCCUUUAAAAGGAGAGGAGAGCAGAGAAAGGGAGCUCUCUCUCCCCAACCAGAACACGUGUGCGUGGCUGGGAAGUGAUAAAAGUCUGAAAAGCUAGCAAUAAAUAGUUCAUUGAGAACUCAGUUCUGUCCUGCCGUGCUUCUGUGCUCCACCCACCUGGUCCAAUGCUACACGUGAUUACCACGAUAUUCAACGAGAUGCGUUAUAUGCAUGCGCAGUAGUGAAAAAACCAACAGCCUGACUCGUACACAAUAUGAUUCAGAAUUCUUCGGUAGUUUCCGUCCUGCCGAUAAACACAUCGAUGAACACAGACACGGCACACACUUAAUAUGUGGAAUUACCCUCCAAAUGAAAAAUUAAGUCUCCUCGGGUGACCGGACCACCGCGAAUUUCGAGCCCUGCUAUUAGCUAUUCCAUAGCUAGCGAUAACUUUCAGCUAACUAUGUUAGCAAAAACCACCACUAGUUAGCUAAAUCCUAUUCAUUCUCUAUGGAGCGGUGGUUAGCUAACGGCAGUUUACACUUAGCUGAAAAAAUCCAUGUCUUAAUUCCAACCUGAGCACAUAAAAAUACAUGUCUGUUGGUUUUCUAAGCAUUUGAUGAGGUAAAUUCACCACUUUGGGUUUACAUCGAACAACUUGCCAGCAUAAAAAGAGACGAGUUAUCUCUCUUUUUCUUCGCUGCACUGCUGGAGAUGCCACCAUCUUUGUUGAAAAUUUCAGAAGGUGGUCAUGUGAUUCACUGCUACCACUCUGAUUGGAUGAUCUUAAUAAAAAGUUGCCCAAAACGAUCAAAAUCGUUCAGAUAGAAAUUACGUUGCCCGAUCUCAAUGGGAAAGUGUCGAAGCGCAAUUGCCCAGCAACAUUGCCCAGAAAGUUGCCCCGUGUAUCAUCACGUUUAGUGUCUCAUUCGUGCCUCAACAACGAACCAGUCAAAAGUUUGUACACCCCAUUCUACUCAUUCAUAGGUUUUUAUAUAUUUUGACUCUUUUCUACAUUGUAGAACAAUACUGAAGAUAUUAAAACUAUGAAAUAACAUCUGGAACACAUGUGGUAAACAAUAAAGCGUUAAAAAAUAGCCUCAAUGAGGCUGUAGUUCAUACCGACCACUGUCAUUGUGUAUGAGUUUGAAAAUUCAGACGCCCAUAAAAUUGUAAAUAUGACAGGCGACGGGCGGCACGGUGAUGUAGUGGUUAGU